UUCCCAGGGGUGCAACACUGAAGGUGCUGUAGUUUCACUUGCAAGAUUUGACCUCUGCAGAUAUCCAUUGUGAUUGCUCCGCAUGCUGCCAUGCAGAGCCAUCGCAGCUCCACACACAAUGCUGCCCAGCAGACUCGAGCGGUGGCCAAUAACUUUGAGCCCCUAGGACGCCACAGGCAGCUUGACUCAAAGGACAGCCAAGACUCUGAGGAUCCUGGAGAAUACUGUUAUGGUGGAUACCAUCCUGUUCAGAUAGGCGACACCUUCAACAAACGAUACCAGGUGCUUUCUAAGCUCGGGUGGGGCUAUUACUCCACUGUGUGGCUGUGUCUGGACCUCAGGCUCGGACGGCGCGUUGCUGUGAAGGUGCUGAAGAGCGGCGACGGCUUCACCCAGGCCGGACAGGACGAACUUGCUCUCCUACGCUGUGCUAGCGUUCCUACGAGCAGGCAUCCAUCCAGUCAAAGAAUCGUUCAGCUGCUGGAUGAGUUCAAGCUGUCGGGGGUCAACGGGGUUCACAUGUGCCUGGUGCUGGAGCUGCUGGGGUCCGAUCUAAGAAGCUGGCAGCUGUGUUUUGGGAGUCCUGGACUGAUGCAGCCUUUAGUUAAACAAAUACUCACUCAGGUUCUUCAGGGUGUGGACUACCUCCACACGCAGUGUAAAAUUAUUCACACAGACGUCAAGCCCGAGAACAUUCUGCUGUGUCUGGAGGAACAGUCCUACAAAGUGCCAGCAGGAGACAGCAGUUCCUCUUCUGUAGUGACUAGGAAAGAGGCCAACUCAACAGAGAAAAGGCAUUUGGAGCCAUGUAGUGUUAAGGAAAUUAGAGUGAAGAUUGCUGAUCUUGGCAGCUCCUGCUGGGUGUACAAACAUUUCUGUGAGGAGAUUCAGACCCGUCAGUAUCGCUCACUCGAGGUUUUACUGGGAUCUGAGUACGGCCCUCCUGCUGACAUCUGGAGUGUUGCUUGCAUGGCCUUUGAAUUGGUCACUGGAGACCCCUUGUUUGAACCCAAAGCCAGCAAGUCCAUUUCCAUGGGGGAAGACCAUAUAGCUCAGAUCAUAGAGCUGCUUGGUAAAAUCCCACCAGCUAUUUUAUUGUCUGGUAAAUACUCUACAGAGUACUUCAACCGCAGAGGGGACCUGCAUCGCUUUGGCCCGCUGAGGCUCUGGAGCCUUUUCGACGUUCUACUGGAGAAAUACCACUUCCUGUUGGAGGAGGCAACCGGAUUCUCAGACUUCCUUCUUCGCAUGUUGGAGUACAAUCCGGAGAGAAGGGCCACCGCGGCACAGUGCCUCCUCCACCCUUGGCUGACCUGCUGAUAGCCUCGCAGCGGACGCCACAUGCCAUCUGACGUCCUGGCGGACCAGACGCUGUUUUAGGUCUGCAUAGGCUUACUAGAGGAAUCCAAAGAGCUAAUGCCUUUCAUUUGUGGAUUCCUUUAGAAUGUGGAGUAGGAUGCUCUUCCCCAUAGGAGCCCCAUUAUGCACUUUAAGCGGCUAAUGUGUUAUAUAUAUAUAUAUACAUAUAUUUUUAUUUCUCUGGUGACUAUAAGUCUGAGUGACAGAUAAUUGAGUCCCAUAAGUAUCCCCAGAGUGAUUCUCCAUCGUUUCCCACUAGACUGACAGGCCUGACCAUGCUUGACACUGAGAACUUGUCAUUUUGAAGAACUAUUAUUCAGUGCAAGUAAAUGUGAGAAAUUAAAAUAAUUAUUUCUAAAAAGUAAGCAUUUCAUAAUCAUUCGUAUUGUAUGUGGUUCAGAAAUAAGUAUGGUAAUCUUUAGAAACCAGCAAGAGUACAAUAGGUAGAAAGACAAAGAAUUUAAAAAAAGGAAGAUUAUCCUAAAAUUGUCUUUCUUUCAGUUCACAGUGUAACAGGAAAUGGUUCAAAUGUAAAGCAACUUUAUCUACAGUGUCUACAGCUAGAGAAUUGGACACAUUUCAAACAUGGUUCAAAUCUCUAAACAGUAUACCCCUCAUACAACACUUGGGAUUGAUAUAAGGAAAAAAUCAUUUAAAAAACUCUUGAAUCAUGACCAUAUACGGAUUAGAAAACAUUUUUCUGAAACUGCUUUUAUCGAAAAUAUAUUGUCACUUUGUAUUUCAUACAGUACACAUCCCAACUGUUCCUCUGAAAAAGAUAUUACCUAAUCAGACAGACAGCUUCUACAGGGGGACAUUCUUAUUCUGAUUAUUCUAUUUAAAGGUGAAAGAAAAUCAAUAUUCUACGAAAGCAACGAAUCAAAUGACUAUGUGAAAUUUGAUAGUGUAGAACCUUUUUGACUCAUCAUUUCUUUUCCACCCAUUCAAACCACACACAACCUAAUGGUGCGACACGUGUAGUUUGGAAUUGGACAAAUAACCACACAUGAUUAGCAUUUAUUUUGAGUGCUGUGUCUAAUCGGGCAACAGUUAGCAAACAGGUUUGCCCCAUAAUCUUAAUAAAGGGCAUUUUAUUCACUGUUUUCAACCAGCUGUUCUGUCCCCAGAGUGACAAUAAAAUGAAACGAUGAAGGAAAAUGCCUUGGCCUUGUGGACUUGGACUGAAAAAACUAAACAAAGAAUAAGAGUAAAUAUACUUGACUUGAUGCAUAUGCUUACUAUAAGCAUAUAAUAUACUUGAUGAAGUAUACAUUGACUAUUUUGCUACUUUUUGUUUUGUCUUUUUUAGUCCCAUGAUAAAAUGCAUCAUCACAA